CCUCUCGUCUGCUCAGGUCGGGCCGUCGAAGUCGAACAGUCGUCAGUGGAUAGUUUACGAAACCGGUCGCGAUCCUCCUCAGUUCGCGUACGUGAUGUUCCGAUCGUUUGGAAUUAUCAACUGAAGGAAAGUGGAGUCUAGAGCUGUCGCGUGUUGAUUUGGAUUCUACGGUUGCAAAGCCAUUACCAGUUAUCAGGGUCUUCUAUCAGCGAUCAAGUGGCGCGCGAGGCGUAAGAUGUAGUAACAGCAGCAUCCAUCCAGUUGGAAUAUCAGUGUCAGUGCUAGUGACGGUGAAGUUUGUAAUCUGUAGACCGAGGAAAGUGUUCCCUGGUGUUGGGACGUAAUCGAUCGUGAUGUUGUCCUUGAUGGUUCGUUGUUCCUGGUGGAAUCUGAGAUGGAGCUUGGUGUUGAUGGUGAUGGUGGCGAUGAUCAAGGUGGAAUGCGUGCAGCGAUCUUACACAGUUGAUGAGCUACUUCAAAGUACCUUCCCGAUUGGGAUAUCUAACGAUAUUGAUAUGGACCCGUGCAAGUCAAGGGGGUUCAUGGGUGAUAUUGCACUGCCGAAUGUGAACUAUGAGAGUGAAUUCCAUAAACAAAGACUGAGACAAAAAGAGGAGGAAGAGAUGCUAAAAAGAGAGAUCGAGGAAGGUCUACAGGUAGAAGCAGAAGGGCUAACUACGGGGGCAGCACCUGUUUCAACGGGUAGACAUCCUAGCGAUAAGAGAAGUGGUAGUGAGCUCGUGAAUCGAUCACCGAAGAUGAAUGUAAACAAAAGUGUAAAAUACAGGAAACGACACAAUAAACGGCCAAUAAAGGACAGCGAUCGUAGUGACGGUGGAGCAAGAUCAUCGGAUUCUCGGAAAGUGGGGCGGCGAAGUAUGGGUCAUAAACCGAUUACGCCACGUAAAAUGCGACGAUCGAAGGGUAAACAAGCUAAUCGAGUGCUACACAGAUCAACUCGAGCAGCGACGGCAAAAAAGGAACGAAUCUGGGACUUUGGUGUGAUCCCAUACGAGAUUGAUGGUAACUUCAGUGGUAUGCAUAAGGCUCUCUUCAAACAGGCCAUGCGCCACUGGGAGAACCAUACGUGCAUCAAAUUUGUUGAGCGCGAUCCAGAAGUUCAUCCUAACUUCAUUGUGUUCACGGAACGACCAUGUGGCUGUUGCUCGUUCGUUGGCAAACGAGGAAACGGACCUCAGGCGAUCUCGAUCGGUAAGAACUGCGACAAGUUUGGCAUUGUGGUACAUGAACUCGGUCACGUGGUAGGGUUUUGGCACGAACACACCCGCCCAGAUCGUGAAGAUCACGUUGUCAUAGAAAAGCAUAACAUCAUGGUCGGUCAGGAAUACAACUUCAACAAACUCACCGAAGAUGAAGUCAACUCAUUGGGCCAGCCUUACGAUUAUUUCUCGAUCAUGCACUACGCUAGGAAUACGUUCUCCAAGGGCACUUACUUGGACACUAUCCUGCCUGUUGAUAUGCCAGGGCAAAAACGUCCAGAAAUCGGUCAACGCCUGAGAUUAAGCGAAGGCGACAUCAUCCAAGCAAACCUAUUGUACAAAUGCGCUAAGUGCGGCCGCACAUUCCAAGAUCACUCGGGGUCCUUCACGUCCCCUAGCUACUACUCGAAAACGCCUCCCAUCGAACCGGAGCGCUGCGAGUGGCGAAUAACAGCAACUCACGGAGAGCAGAUCGUGCUCAACAUAACCGAUCUGGAUAUUUUCAAGUCCGAUAACUGCCGUACUGAUUACCUGGAGAUUCGAGACGGCUACUGGCACAAGUCUCCUUUGUUGGGGAAGUUUUGCGGGUCAGGUCGAAACAGCAAUCUCAUAGUAUCCACAGGGAGCCGAAUGCUGCUCAAUUUUGUAACGAGUUUCCGUCAGGCUGGUAAGCGUGGAUUUGCCGCUAACUAUGAAGCUGUUUGUGGCGGCGAAAUUCAUCUGGACAGCAGUGGUGGUCGUCUGGAGUCACCGAACUACCCCGCAGAUUAUCUCCCUAACAAGGAAUGCGUUUGGAAGAUUACCGUACCGGAGGACUACCAAGUGGCGAUCAAGUUUCAAUCUUUCGAAGUAGAAAAUCACGAUAGCUGCGCGUACGACUACGUUGAAAUUCGUGACGGGGAUGAGGAAGAUUCUAGAGAGAUUGGAAUCUUUUGUGGUUAUAAGCUGCCACCGGAUAUGAGAUCAUCUGGGAACACCAUGCUAGUGAAGUUCUUUUCGGACGGUUCGGUGCAGAAAGCUGGAUUCUUGGCAACGUUGGUUCGGGAGGUGGACGAAUGCGAACGAAUGGAGCAUAGCUGCGAACAUGAAUGUAUUAAUACGCUCGGUGGAUACGAGUGCGGUUGUCAAAUCGGAUAUGAACUGCAUAGCGAUCGCAAGUCCUGUGAAAAGGCAUGUGGAGGAAUUCUUUCGCAAAGAAGUGGUACCGUCGUUUCACCAUCUUUCCCCAGAGAAUACCCGGCGAUGAAGGAUUGCGCUUGGGAGAUUGUUGCAUCUCGGACGCAUAAAAUUACACUUAAUUUUACUCAUUUUGACUUGGAAGGGAACGUAUUCUAUCAACCAUCGGAGUGCGAUUACGAUGCUGUUACAAUAUAUUCCAGGAUCGGCGAAGAAGCAUUGAAAAAGCAUGGGACGUAUUGUGGCUCGAAACUUCCGCCGGUGAUCACUUCAGAGAGUCACAUUCUUCGGUUGGAGUUCCGUUCGGAUAAGACAGUGCAGAAGACUGGGUUCGCAGCAGUUUUUUUCACGGACAUCGAUGAGUGCGCCGUCAACAACGGAGGUUGUCAGCAUGAAUGUAAGAAUACGGUGGGAUCGUAUGUUUGUUUAUGUCGAAAUGGCUACAUAUUGCACGAAAACGGCCAUGACUGUAAGGAAGGCGGCUGUAAGUUUGAGAUAACAGCCCCAACUGGACAAAUCUUCAGUCCAAACUAUCCGGAUGACUAUCCAGCGAAAAAGGAUUGCAUCUGGCAUUUCACGACCGCUCCUGGUCACCGGAUCAAACUUGUGUUCAGCAUCUUCGACGUCGAGCUUCAUCAGGAGUGCGCGUAUGACAACGUUGCAAUUUAUGACGGUGAUUCCCAGGAUAGCUACAUACUUGGUCGAUUCUGUGGAGCAAAGCUUCCUCAUCCGAUAUCGUCUACAUCGAACGAGAUGUACAUGGUGUUCAACACGGACGCUAGUGUCCAACGUAAGGGUUUCUUUGCUACUCACACCACGGCUUGCGGAGGGUAUCUGCAAGCCACCUACGAAAUCAACCACUUUUACUCUCACGUAAGUUACGGCGAUGGAGUUUAUGAUAAUGGCGUCGACUGCGAGUGGACUAUUGAAGCUGAUCCUGGCCGCAAAGUUCAAUUGACUUUCCUUACAUUUGAUCUGGAAGAGGAGAAAACGUGCUCGUACGAUUACGUUGAACUAGCGAGUGGAUUCGACGAUACCGCCAGCGGACAACUGCAGGGCAAGUACUGCGGUAAUCGUCUGCCAGCGGAGGUAAUUUCGAUGAGCGAAGUCAUUGUCGUAAGGUUCCGCUCCGACGAUACGGUUGGCUUCAAGGGCUUCUCUGCGGCGUACGUUGCCAUCAAUCCAUAUGACGAUGAUGAACUUUCUACGGCCGAAGAUACGUACGAAAGCAAUGAGCAGGCCGCACCGUUUCCGGGUUCGUUAAGAAGUAUGUUCAUCAGUCAGGAUGAAUACGAUGCAGAUGAUGAUGAUGCGGCCGGGGAAGACGAUGCGGACUAUGCUGCGUAUCACCAUCGGAGGCAUCAUCAUAAAAGUAAAGUGCAAUUGGGGGUUCACAACGGGUUGGGAGCGGCUCAAAAGACGACAGAUUGAUCAAUUGGUGUGAUGUUUGUGUAAUAUAGCUAUUUGAUUGAAAUGACGAUGGGGACAGCUAUACUGGAUGAAACGGCCGACACGCAGAGUUCAAACUACGAUACAAAACGAUCCAGUUCCUAGAUUGUUCAGCUUUUUAUUGAUUAACAAAGUGCCUUAUUUCGCCCUACAAGUUUGUAUCAUAGUGAAUUUGUUUACUUUUAGGUUAUGAAAUUGAAUAGACUGAAAUUAGUUGUAAAUACAGAUGGUAGAUUGAAAUUGAAAAACGA